CUGCUAGAUUACACGCCGCGACAUGUUACAUUGAUCCCCGGACCGACCAUCAUUCUCCGAUUCAUAUGAAUUCGCCUUGAUACGGUUCACGGAGCCUGGAUGUUCUGAUCUCACAGCAUAUCGUCCCUAUACCCGGGAUCGUUGCGUCAAUUAUCUAGUCUCGCUCACUGAGGGACAAACGCGCCACUCUCCACACGGGAGGAAUCCUUAUCGUGAAGCAGCUAAAGCGAGUCUCAUGCCGCUGACGCACCCCCUCUCGGCUGCGUGAGCGCAUGAAGACCUCGCGUGUCACCACUCAUCAACAGCUACUGUACGUAUCGAAUCUGGGAAACGCGGGCGACCCCACGAUGCCGUCUUCUUCUCUGUCGCCAAACCCGAGCUCCACGGCCACCGGCCAUUCACCGCGUAGCAAUGCCGCAGCGGAACACCACAAGUCCGUUCGUCCGCCGGCUAUGAGACGGCAGAGUAGUCAGACACAAGCUCAACUGUCGCGACAACAAAUGGCCAGCCCAGGUUCAGCCGCCACCGCUGACGGACUAGCUCCUCGUCAUCACGUCAAACCUCGGCACGCAAAGAUUGUCUUGCCUCGAAACCAAAGUGCAAGCGGACGCAAUCUGACCAAGCUGGCGCGCCAGGCUUACAACAAUAUCGAGGAUGGGCGUAAACAUGCGCGGCAGAGGUCGCAUGAAGGAGAUACUGAAAUCCGGUUGCCGGGGAGUCUUGAGGAGAGGCCGCCGCCGAUGCGACGCAACAUGACGGCCAUACAACUGCCUCGAACCACAUCGAACGCCAAAUUGAAAAAGAAUCUCUCACAUGGGCAGUUAUCUCGGAUGGGAACGGGUAAGGGCGUCACAUUUGGGGGCUCGACGUCACAAAAGGCACCGCCGUCUCCGGGACUAAAGGGGCGGAGUAAGAGGCCGCGAUCUAUGGACGUGACGGCGUUGAACAAACACUACGAUGAUGAUCAGGAGGAGGACACGCGAGUAAAGGGGAAAGAUCAGCGAAAAGGAGCAGCCGGAUUCGCCGUAGGCAGCGCGAAUGAUUCGAGUGAUGAUGAGAAUCCGGAAAUGGAGGGCAGUGGAUUACAAGAAGACGAGUGGACGGAGGAAAGCGCGAGUGUCAGUCCGUACAGCACGCGACAGAAUACCGCUAACAACUCAAGGCGCGCAAGCGUAUCCGAGAGACCGGCGGACAGGAAGCCAUCCGUCAGCUCUCCAUUGAAAGAAACGCCCAGUAACGUCGCGAACGACACAAGCGGCGAAGACACCGACACAGGACAGCUGCCGACUAUCCACUCUGUGCAAACCGGCGCGGACCAAGCGUCAUCGAGCUUCCAUCCAAGCAAAGAGCUAGUCGGCGCACAGCGCAAUGUAGAAAGAAGCCCUCUCCAUUUAGCAAAGGAGCUUCCCAAUCCUGCCACUCGACACUUACUCAACAAGGGCUAUCAGCUUCCUGCACCAGCUCUGGUGAGCACCAUAACCACACUCGACGACAAUCACAGCACUCGUGCAUCGCCGGUUGCGUCUCUGCAGUCAUCACGGUCGAACCUCGCCGAGGCCUCCGGUUCAGGGGAACACGAUGAUCCGGAGGAGCUCAUCUCGCGAUUUGUCCCAGGGACUUCCAAUCCUUCCACAGGCAGUGGUGGAAACACGGUGUCGAGCACACCACGAGAGAGCGGUCUGCAGACACCCGAUGAGCGCGAGCACCCGCUGGGCUCGCAUCGCGACAAAGGCCCGUUGAGCUUUCAACUAGGACUGGCGAGUCCCGGCUCGACUGUCUCUGCUUCAUCAGGAGCUGUCACCCCGGCGACUGCACAGUCACGCACAGAAUUGCGUAUGGCACAGGAAAAGGCUUCGGCAGAUGCCGAGACAGCUGGGCAGCGACAGCCUUCGCUCCCGGUAUACAAAUACGACCGGCGCAACGAGACCCUCAAGACUUACUUGUCAAGCUGGCCGACUCUGAGUGGAGAACAAAAGAACGCGCUUACAGCACAUUACGGAACCGCGCGCGGCUCCGCCAUCUUCCAGGGCCGCUUCCGAGCGGUGAACACCGAGCUUCGGGUCGUGCAAAAGUACCGUGACCCGGUCGGCGAGUCCAUCGCCCGGCUCAAGGUUUGCAAAGCCGUCAAAUGGCCGCACAAACCACAGAAAUCGGCGCCGCCAUCGAGACAGUCGGCCGUUGCCUUGCCUACCAGCCGUAGCUCCACAGCACUGCCAGUGCGACAGCACUCUACGCUUUCCAAAUCUACCUCUCCGCCGUUACAUCCAUCCCCAUUGAAGCGAGCAAUGUCCACCACAGCAGCAGCACAAUCGCAGCAAGGGUCAGGAAAUGGCCACGUACAAUUCGCUCCGGCUCCGGCUCCUGCAAUCGCAGUGGGCAGUGUCGGCGCUGGAGGUGAGCGCCAAAAGACAAGACGCGAGGUCAGUUUCGCUGCUGCACCGCCAGAGACGAGAGAGUUCGAACAAGACCUGGCGCCCGGGGUUAUCGCAUCACAGCUCUGGCAGGGCAUUGACGUCGAGUGAGGCUUCACACGAUCAGCAUAACUUUUUUUUCCACUUUUCGCCGACUUGGCCCGAGAACCCUGUGACAUCGACGAGUGUGUCUCGGC